GCGCUCAAUGGCUUCGUGCUGGUGGUGACAUCGGAAGGACUGAUAUUUUACUCCUCACAUACAAUUCAGGACUAUCUGGGAUUUCAUCAGACAGAUGUCAUGCACCAGAGUGUCUUUGAGCUGAUCCACACUGAGGACCAACAGGAAUUUAGACGUAACCUCCACUGGGCCCUCGACCCACCCCACGCUCCUGAGGGUGAGCCUUCUCCAGAAGUGGGGAAGAGCCUUGGUUCUUCUGCUGUCACCUACAAGCCAGAUCAGCUGCCCCCAGAAAAUUCCUCCUUUCUGGAAAGGAGCUUCGUGUGCCGCUUCCGCUGCCUCCUGGAUAGUUCCUCCGGCUUCCGGGCUUUAAAUCUUCAAGGCAGGCUGAAAUUCCUUCAUGGGCAGAACAAAAGGUCUGAAGAUGGGUCUGUACUGCCACCCCAGCUCGCUCUCUUCGCUAUCUCCACACCUUUGCAGCCCCCAUCCAUCCUUCAGAUCCAAACCAAGAACAUGAUCUUCAGGACGAAGCACAAGCUGGACUUCACCCCCUUGGCAUGCGAUGCCAAGGGGAAGAUCGUUUUGGGCUACACCGAGGCAGAGCUGCGGAUGUGCGGCACCGGCUACCAGUUUGUCCACGCUGCUGACAUGCUGUACUGUGCCGAGAACCACGUCAGGA